CUGUGUACUGCAGUGAUGCUGCUAUUCCACAGCUUGUUCUGGUGCUGCUAUGCACUUCUUUAAAGUUCUUUUCAUGUUGCUAUGCUAUGCUCCUUCCAAUUCUGUGUUGUGCAGCUAUGUUGUGCCUGUGCUGGUCACCUAUGUUCUGCGUACGCUAGUCGGCUAUGUUGUGCCUUUGCUUCUGUACUGCUGCUGCUGCUGCUGCUGCUGCUGCUGCUGCUGCUUCUGCUUGCCUCUGUGCUGCUGUGCUGCCUGUGCUGAUACUCUGCUACGCAGCUGCUAUGCUCUUGAACUGCAAUCAGAACGCUGCUGCACUGCAGCUGCGUUGCUGAUUGACUCCAAGUGCCAUGGAAGUGGCAGAGAUGAUGCUAUGUGGGUCAUCGUCCAUGCAUGCUCAACGGGACCCAGCCCUUAAUUCAGGUGGAUGCGACGAUUGCUUGCCAGGUGAUUAUCCGACCACACCAGUGGCAGUCACUCGCUCUGAUUGUGCGAUGGACGUUGAAGGCUCCUAUGACGGGUGCUCAGAAAGGACAGACCUUGCGAGCCAUUUUGCCGGCGAAGAUGCGGCCUCGCCGAUGAUGAUGAUUACUCCGUCUACGCCACGAGCGGUUGGCCUAGGGCGAGGUGGAAAUCUGGGAUUUGUUGGCCAAGGUCUUCGAGAGCAGCGCCAGCACUGCGGGAGCGCCAAGUCCCAUGCUACUCCCCCCUCCAGUGGGAAGGACGUCGAUGGGACGCCAUAUUUUGAUGAUAACGACAGCUUCGGCAUGCAAUUGGGAUCUAGCUUGGAUGGCGAUUUCCCUUGCUAUGAGGACGGUCUGUGCUCCACCGGAGGGCGCCAUAUCGAUCUCGACACAUGGCUUAAGCGUGAAGCGGAAAAGGCCAGUGGGGGCUCAAAGAGCACAGAGAUGACGAUCGACGAUUCUUUCAGAGGUGACGACGGCAGCGGAGAACAGAGGCUAUUCCAAGAGCAGCACAGGGCAAUGCCAUUGACACCCAAACAGCUGAGAAGACAGACUGUAGGAGGCAUGUCAGAGGUUGCCGUCAGCGUCAUCAGUGUGGUGGAUCAGACAGCUCAGAGGGGGCGUGUGGGUUCAAAGACAGAGCGAGUGCUCGAGUUUGGCCAUGCGGCCGAGAGUCCGCGGCCCCGAUGCCAGGCUGACUUCUGCAGUCAACAACAGUCCCAUCUGCGAAGAAGCAAGGACAGGGAGGGAUGUGUCCUGAAUACUGGGGAGAGCGGCGGCGACGACCAGCACACAGGGACGGAGAGAGGAGGAGACAUGGAGAGGGGUACGAGGGGGUCGGCGUGCCCAUCCAUGAGCUUAAGAACAGAAGCAGGCAGCGAGGGGCUUGCUGAGCGAGACCUCCGAGAUGAGGAUGCUGCUCGCUUUGGCUUUGACGCUACGGAUCAGCAGAAUAGUGAGGAGUGGGGGUACUGCGACGAGGUACAGUCGCCGGUGCUGCGACCAGGUCAUGAGCAUCGGCGAACUCAGUCCUUUCGAUUCUGGGGAGAUGGAAGUGGUGGAGAGAAGACAGAUGCGGAACCGAUCGAUAGGGACGUGCCGUACGGAGAACAGAGGGGAACCGAGCUGCUGCCCGGUACGGCUAAGGAAUGUACCAAGCCCAGUCUGAGAGAGAAGGAAUGGAGUUGGGAUCAAGACCGGCAGUUGGGACAUCAGAGUGGGCGGGAAAGAAACCUCAGCCUGAGCAAGGAGAAAACCGUAAGCCCGCACUGUGCGAGAGGACCUGGCGAAUCGCGCUAUCCUGCAUGCCAUGGGGAGAGUCACUACGAUUCCAGGCCGGGAGAAAGAGAAGAAGCAGCUCAGGAAUCAAAUUGUGAGAAGCGGAAGGACGGGCGGAAGGCAAGGGAGCGGAAGAGUUUGAGGAGCUCAAGCACGUGCAGAGAGAAAGGGGUCAGUCCGGAAAGCGUCAGAAAGACGUCAGCGGGGAAUUUGGAAGCCCAGGUGGAAAGAAUGGCUGCACGGCUUGCACUGGUGGAAGCGACGUCGGAUGCUCGGGAGGAUGCGUACAGAUGUCAGCUCGAUGCGGCCACGCAUCAGCUUACACGUUGUUUCAGACAGAAGGCACUGAUGGAAGCAAGAAUUGAGCAGCUGGAGUUGGAAAAUGCCUCUUUAAGAGAUCAGCUGCGGCGUCAGCAGCUCGCUGCUGAUGAGAUGGCGUUUGCAAAAAGUCAGUUGCUGCAGAAGAUUAGGCAGUUGGAGUCUUUGCGCAAGGAUAUGGAAUAUAUGAUGCUCAAUCUGAGUCAGGAAUCCUUCAAAACUGGCUGUAGCAGUACCAGCAGCAGUAGAAGAGGACUGUUUUCGGACCAGGUUCAGGUUCCACAGCAGUAUUCGGAAGCACCGGGGCUGGCGACGACGCGAGAUGUAGCGGCAAGGAAUGACAAGAAGUGCGAUGUCCCCCUCAAAUUUGCUAACUUAAAAGGAUUCAAGGGUGCCAACCACAAAGCCUGUCCGGAGAGCAUGAAACUUCUUCCUCAGCCAGCGUCGGUCCCGGUCCCAGUUACGGUCACAGAUCACCCUCUCAGUGCUCACAAGCAGUGCGGAGCCAGCUUGGAUGUCCAGCAGUGCCGUCGGCUGCAGCCAUUCGCGAAGGCCCUGCUCCCUCUGUCUGUUAUUGCACUUGGGUCCUACUUCGCAUUUAACCGCCAUUCGGAUAAGAAGGCCUGCAAAGUUAUAGCUGCACCUGUUCCAUCAUAAGACCUGUUAUCUUGUCUAUGGCCACACACGCUCCCACACUGGCAUGACAGGCUUUGAAGCG